GUAAUGCACAGUACUUGGCCCAAGUCGAGGUUGAGGCCAAGGCCGAGGCCUGGAUGAUCGAUCUCAUCGUUUAUGAAUAGUCCAACUCCACUCCAGCCUCACCUCACUCUGCUUCUGCUUCGGCAUCAGCAUCGGCAUCAGCAUCAGCGUUACCCACACACCCAGAAAGGAAGGAACCGAAGCAGAGGACAAUGCUUCUCCUUUCACUCCUCCCCAUCUCGCUCCCUCUUCACACUCAAAAACCUCGCACCCUUAGUUGCAAAGCCACUCUCAACCUCAUCACCGACUCCGAUUCCUUCCAGGUCGGACGCCUUCUAGGCAGUUAUGGCUUCAUCAACAUCACCAGCUAUUCGGGCCUCCAAUCGAGUUCAGAUUCUGGGCAGUUCAAGAUCCAGGACGUCGGUGAAGGCAGUGUCAAAAUCAGGCUUUACGAAGGCAGAGUCGUCCAGGGUUCCCUCUCUGGCUCUUCUGUCAUCUUUAAGGUGUAUCCUGGACAACGAGCUGGUGGUACUGAGGCCGAUAUGAUGGCUGCCAACGAGCUCAAUUCUCAUGCCUUCCUUCAGAGCAGUCCAAAGGGCAUUUCUCAGAAUCUUUUGAUGCUGAUAGGUGGCUUUGAGACAACAACUGGGGAACAGUGGCUUGCUUUCCGGAAUGAUGGCAUAUAUAGUGCUGCAGACUAUGCGAAAGUCUCCAGUGAAAAAUUAUCAAAGAGCCGAUCUCUGGGAGUAGGCAUGUCAUGGAACUACUUUGAACAAGAAGAGAUAGUCAGACGCAAAAGAUUCUUCGUUAUUAAGCUUCUGCAAGGUGCUAUGCUCGGUCUUGCUUUCAUGCAUGAGCAUGAAAGGUUACAUCAGAGUCUUGGUCCUUCUUCGGUUGUUCUCAAUACCAUAACAGAGAGGGAUGCUGCUUACUUGGUUCCAAGACUUCGAGAUCUAGCAUUUUCUGUCGAUAUCAGGUACUCAUACCUAGAAGAAGGUCGCGGAAUGCUCUCUGAACAACUUUGGAGACGUGCAGCUGCUGCUGGUGCCAUUACACCAUUUGAGAAAAGAGCCUUUGCAAUAGCUGAUGACAUAUAUGAAGCGGGUCUUCUUUUGGCUUACCUGGCUUUUGUUCCAUUUUGUGAAUCAGGCAUAAUUGAUAGCCUCUCUUUGCAAAGGCUACUGGAGAACACUUUCAAACUAGAUAUUGAAGCCACAAGAGAGUAUUGUUUGGCAGAUGACCGCUUAUUAGAAGCCGUGAAGUUUCUCGAUCUAGGUGAUGGAGCUGGUUGGGAAUUGCUUCAGGCUAUGCUCAACCCCGACUAUCGAAAGCGGCCAAUAGCAGAAGCUGUAGCAAAGCACCGAUUCAUGACCGGUGCUGUUCUCUAAAUGUGGAAUCAAUGAUUCAUGACUGGUGCCGCUCUGCAAUGACGUGCAAGUGGAGGAACUCUAUGUUAUUAUGAACUAUUCUGCCUAAGUGCACUUUCAUCCUCUGGCCUGGGAUAGUGGAAUUGUAGUCUCAAUUGCAAAGCCUGUGUGCCGACCCAACAGAUUGUGCUGUUGCAAAAAGAUAGAGACUGAACUAGAAAGAAAGUCGAACUCGCAGAUCCCAGAAGUCCGAUGAGCAAAAUCUAGUUGAGAAGGAGGUACGGAAGUCGAUAAUAUACUUUUCUGACAAGGAUACGGAACACACUCUAGGAUUAUUUUCGAAGAAGAUAAGGAAAGAAAUGGCAGCAGUAUAAGGAGAGAUGGCGAUUACGGGUCGUUGGUGAUUGUGGAAAGUGGUGGAGAACUUGAAUACGAAGCAUUGACAGAUUAGAGUUCUCCCAGAGUCUCCUCCUCUAUGUAAUAUGCGACUCUCUUGUUUUCAUCCGCUGUGUCAGCUCGGUGAAUAUCGAUUAGCCUCUAUGAUGCAUGCUAAGUUAACAAGACGAGGGAAGUGAGGUCUUGGUGUUGUUGGAUUCUCUCAAA